GUACUCAUUGUUCCGUAGCAUUUUAGCCAGCACACCAGUGAUUGCGGGAAGACAGACCGUGGGGGGGUAUUCAUUCACGGGCUUCUCGAAAUUUCAUCUCCCCGUCCCUUUUCCGAAAAUUGUAUUUUCCGAUAGUACGGCGUUGUUUGUGUUGUAGUCGUUUGAAACGGCACAAAAGUGAUCCGAGAUUUUCGUCUGCGUUUUUAUCGGCGGUCUUAUCUGUGAGCGGCAGGCACCCGGACGCACGCUGAUGGCGGUCACUAUCGAGGAUCUGUAUCGUAACUACGGGCUCCUUGCUGACGCCAGUAAGGACAACAUCAGCCAGCACAAAGAUGCUUACCAGGUCAUCUUAAAUGGCGUGAAGGGUGGCCCGAAGGAGAAGCGCCUGGCAGCGCAGUUCAUCCCGAAGUUCUUCAGCAGCUUCCCAGAAAUGGCAGAUGCAGCAAUUAAUGCUCAGCUUGAUCUUUGUGAAGAUGAGGAUGUGUCGAUUCGGCGGCAGGCCAUCAAAGAGCUCCCACGGUUUGCAACUGGUGAGAACAUCCUCAGAGUUGCAGAUAUUCUCACCCAGCUCCUUCAAACAGAUGACACAGCAGAGUUCAACCAAGUGAAUGCAGCACUUGUUUCUAUCUUCAAGAUCGAUGCAAGAGGUACCCUUGGAGGCCUCUUCUCUCAGAUCCUGCAAGGUGAGGACAUUGUGAGGGAAAGGGCCAUCAAGUUUCUGUCUGGCAAAUUGAAGACCCUUCCAGAGGACGUCAUGACAAAGGAGGUGGAGGACUACGUCUUUGCAGAGACAAAGAAGGUGCUGGAGGAUGUGACUGGAGAGGAGUUUGUGCUGUUGAUGCGUUUAGUUUCUGGCCUGCGGGUGCUGCAGACCGUGAAUGGGCGACAGCAGCUGGUGGAGCUGGUGGUGGAGCAGGCUUUCCUGGAGCAGGCCCUCAACCCAGCUGACCCAGACACUGUUGACCGCCUGCUGCAGUGCACACGCCAGGCUUUGCCCCUGUUCUCUAAAAAUGUCCAUUCCACACGUUUUGUAACCUACUUCUGUGAACACGUCCUACCCAACCUCAGCACCCUGACAAGUCCUGUGGCUGAACUGGACAUUCAGUUGGAGGUGCUGAAGCUGCUGGCUGAGAUGAGUCCGUUCUGUGGAGACAUGGACAAGCUGGAGCCCAACCUCAACAUGCUGUUUACCAAGCUGCUGGAGUUCAUGCCUCUGCCACCAGAAGAAGUGGAGAAUGGGGAGAACUCUGCAAAUGAGGAACCCAAACUGCAGUUCAGCUACGUGGAGUGUCUCCUCUUCAGCUUCCACCAGCUGGGCAAGAAGCUGCCUGACUUCCUCAUCGACAAAGUGGAUGCUGAGCAACUAAAAGACUUUAAGAUCAGGUUACAGUAUUUUGCCAGGGGCCUGCAGGUUUACAUCAGACAACUGCGAGUAGCACUGCAAGGCAAGACGGGAGAUGCUCUUAAGACAGAAGAGAACAAGAUCAAAGUGGUUGCUCUCAAGAUCACAAACAACAUCAACGUCCUCAUCAAGGAUCUCUUCCACAAUCCCCCGUCAUUCAAGAGCACAGUAACUCUGUCCUGGAAACCUGUCCAGAAGACGGAGGCAGUAGCGCCCAAGCGCCCCUCAGGUGAGGAGAUGGGCUCCAGCGGAAGCACAAAAAAACAGAUCUCUCCUCAAUCCCGGAGGGACGCACGGCAAAUCUAUAAUCCCCCCAGCGGCAAGUACAGCGCCACCAUUGGCAAUUUUAACUAUGAGCAGCGUGGUGGAUUCAGGGGCGGCCGAGGACGAGGCUUUGGUGCCAGAGGUGGCAGGAGCCGAGGUCGAAUCUAUUAAAAGACACACACAGUACAGAUUGCUCAUUGAACUGCAUCGCAUCAAGAUCUUCUCCACACCAAGAUGGACUAUUUGUCACCUACUCUUCCUUUUUUUUUUUUUACUUGUCUCGGCGCCUUUUUCACUUUCCCAACUGACACAUCACGAUUUGUUUUGUUUUUUGGAGGGGUCCGGGGUUUGGUUUCUUGUCUUCAGAAUAUCACUCAAGGGACUCAGAAUUUUUAACAUUUACUCCCAGUGUUCCUCUUGGCCAAGCGGUAGUUGUAGUAAAUCUAUAUGGAUUUUUUUCUUUAAUUAAAAAAAAUACUGUUCUGUGUAUUUUUGUGGAACAAAAGACUGCCAAGUUGUAACUGAUAAAUAUUUUUGGUCAGAUUGUUGUAGGAAAAGAUCCUCUUGUUUUGCGAUAUGUUGAUGAAUGCAUUACUUUCUACCUUUUUAUUUAAUCUUGGUUUCUUUUUUUAUUAGAGCUUAAGUUGGAUUGGCUGACUAUGCUACUUUGUAUGAAUCAAUGAUGUUGUUUCAUUGGAUUUUUAUCAUAAACUUGUAUGGAAGUAUGA